AUGGCUUGCCGCGGUUCCGGGAAGUCCCGGAUGCCUCUGGGGAUCUAUGCUCAGUCGCUGCCCGACGGUGCAGAUGCUGCACCGAUGCUCUUCCCCAUGUACACCGUCGCCGCAGACGUGCUUUUGAAGAUGACGAAGGUCGAGCCGCACGAGGAUUUGAAG